AAACACUUCUGGUGGCAGAAUUAGGAAGCUUAACCAUAACCAACAAGUUCCUCUGGGCAGGUUCAAAAGGAACCAUAAGUCAGGUACAACGGCAGAGCCUGGAAGAAAAAUUUAUGUCUUCUUAUCCAAGUGGUGCCCCUGGACGCUCAAGGUCUCAUGAUUCAAGAUCCCGGUCCCACAGUAGACACCGAGAUCCAAACUUGUCCUACCUCAGUGACUCAGAUAUGGAGGGUGACCUGAGACAGCAGGCGCUCGCAGUAAGUGCCUCCCACAAGUGCCUACUUGAUGUCAUGUACAUAGACUUAGUAAACAUGGACCUCUACACGAGCACAAGAGCCACACGAUCCAAGUACAGUCAGCAAAAAGCACGUUCAAAAGAUGAGGCCAAAACAUUGAAGGGGAACGAGAAGGAGGUUGGAGGCAGAGUGACAGAAGACAGUGUCGAGUGGAUGUUUCGGGCUUACUCUGUUGUUCGACAAGGGAAGUCACUGCUUCAGGAGAAAUGUGCGAUCAAGCUUCAGGUUGAGAGGAACCUAGACACUGCCAUUAGUCAUGCAGUGCCGGAUAUGAGCAUUCAUGGCACAGUCAAAAAGGUCCAUGCCACUAUCCACACAGCAGAGUACAAGUUUAUCCGUGGAUUGCUUAUGUACAACUUUGGGGAGCCUUUACCUUCUCCUCCUCCUAUAUACCUCUAUCAAACACAGCCACGGCAGACCUGGCAUGACCUAGGGUCAGUGUGGACCUCCCUCACAAUCAUUCUCAACUUGGACAAUGUGACCCUUGAGUUGGAGAAUCUUGAAGAGGAGAACGUGCAAGAGACCAAGCCCCUUGCCUGUGUCAACUUCAUCAGCUCAAGGCUAACCUUUGAGAGCUUUUCGGACCAGACCAAAGAUGUUGAUCUAGUGUCGCAGGAAAUCCUAAUCAGUGACACAAGAUUUGAGGGCUUCCCAAUGAAUAAAAGAUCAAAUAUCUUCACAAACAUCUUGCAGCCCACACCUUUAAAAAGUGCAAAAAAUGACAGCCAGUUGCAGGCUGAGGUUCAUUAUAGAUCAACAAAAGAUGUUACAAGAUUUACCAUUCUUCUGAAUAACAUGAGGCUAAUGGGAAUCUUGGACUGGUGGAUGGAGGUGCUGGACUUUAUCUACAAAAUGCCAGAUGACCCAGUUCUUGCAGGUAGUGGUAUGUUAUCCAGCAGCCCAGGAGCCUCAGAACACCACAGUUAUGCGGCCACUCCUCUCAUGUUCUCCCCUAUUCAUACCCCUAUCCUUAGAUCACCUCAGGGGCAGUCCCCACAACCCCAGUCUCCACAGCCACAGUCCCCUCGCUCACAAUCCCCUUCCCUGGGGCUACAGAGGGAGUGGAGUCACAGGUCUGUCACACCAAGACUGAACCCCAUGGUGGAAUCAACAGGUGUUAUGACCAAGCAUGCUCUCAUUCAAGAACAGCACAAAGUACCCUUUGAACUGAAGCUGAACAUCACAGACUCCGAGCUUGUGGUAUUGGAGAACACAGCAGUAUGGGAUACAAGUGCAGUCAUAUUAAAGAGCACAGCAGUCAUCAGUUACCGACCACAACACCAAGAACGGCCUCUGUCAUGCAACUUGAACCAGUGUGAGUUGUACUCGUGUAUAUUAGGCCUGGAAGAUGACACUGCUCUUUCCAUUAUUGACCCUGUCACUAUCAACAUAGAAGUCAAUGACAGAUUAGGGCAGCAUCAGCCAGUGGACAUAUCCAAUGUGUCUAUGGCAGUGCAACAUACUGUUGAGGUGGUCAUGCACCAAUUAAAUAUUCGUCUGAGUUACCAUGACAUGAAAAUGUUCCAACAAAUCCUGGAGUCCAUACCAAAACAGCGUGAAGUUGCCAGGAAGCCUUCUGUAUCUAGAGAGAAAAAGCAGCCUGCAAAUUUUCAAGCACAAGUUGACAAGUUGUCAGCUUUGGGAUUCCGGCCUGCUGAUUGCACCCGUGCCCUGGAGGAAUGUAGUGGUAGGCUUGAUGAUGCUGCUCUUUGGCUAACACAUAAUGCCCAGCCAGUGCCUGCUCCCACAGUGACAGUCCAGGACCAAGGCAAGUCAGGCACCAUCAACUUCCAUGCUGUAGAAAUCAAGACGGGAAGUGUCAAUGUGUGUGUCAUUGAUGACUGCGGGGAUUGUGAUGUCCCCUUGCUUGAGAUUUCCCUCUCCCAUCUCGGUUUGAAACAGGAUUGGCAAGGAAAAGGAUCAGCAAGCUGCUCUCUCUCAGUUGACUAUUAUAAUAGAGCACUGUCAGGUUGGGAGCCUUUCUUAGAACCUUGGCGGUGUGGAGCAGAGUGGGACAAGACUCCAUCAAGAGAUCUCACUGGAGAACGGCUGUCCUUGAGUGUCAAGACAGAAGAUACUGUAAAUGUGAACAUAACUAAUACCUUGCUGGAAUUGUACCACAUGGUCAAGAACAACUGGACUUUAGAUUAUUACAACAGAGACAGGCUGGAGAUUGAAAAUAACAUUGUGUCCAAUGAAGAUGGAGGCAAAACCCUGGUGGUGAGUCCCCAGGGCUACAGAAGGCGUUCACCCUUUAUACCUUUUGCACUCAAGAAUGACACUGGAUGUAAUCUCUGUUUUGCAACCAUGACAACAACCCCUGACAGCAUGGCUGAUGUUGAGAACUUGGGACAGAACGUCAUGCCAGAGGUAGACUGGAUAAGUGUACCAGCUGGUAACACAGUCCCCUUCUCCUUUGAGGGUCGUGGAAAGCAGCGUCAUCGAGAUACCCAUGAGCUAAAGGUUCACCAGCUAUUGGUCCAGGUGGAUGGUUGGCAGGCGGUUGGUCCUGUCACAGUGGACAAAGUCGGGGUAUUCUUCAGGCUCGCUGUGUCACAGCCAGUGGGAGCCUCGACUCAUCUUUAUGAACUGCCAAGUGCAAGAGUUGUCGUAGCAGUCACUCUGGAUGGCUCAGCAAGGAAGCUGGUCACCAUCCGAUCUGCAUUGAUCCUCGCCAACCGACUUCACUAUCCUGUAGAUGUCAAGCUGGAAAAUGUUGCACUCAGAUUAGGGGAUGUUAAAAUCCUUCAAGUGGCUCCCAAGUCCAAAGUACCUGUCCCACUGGUGUAUGCUUGGGCUCGGAUUUUGGUGCGGCCAGUCACUGCUCCUGGGGGGGGUUGGCUGUAUUGCCAGGAGCCACUGCACUGGCUCACCCUCCUCAAGCCCCGGCAGGAGGCCACAGACCUAAGAGCUUGCCCUGCCAUCAACACGCACUUGCCACCUUUUAGGUUUUGUGUUCAUGUGAAGAGAGACAAUUUUCCUGUGGAUUCAUCUCCCCCUUCUCCACCCACAAACUCUCCACAUUUAACACCUCGACAUAAUGAGUGGGUUCAACCAGGUCACACAAUAGUGCUAGUGAGCCCCUUGACCUUGGUCAACCUACUCCCAUAUGACUUACACUACGAAGUCAAGGCAACAGGCAAUGUGGGUCGAGUCAAGCCGGGAGCGGAUGACUGCCUCCACUCUGUUGACCCAGCUCAGAGUAUCUCCCUUUCUAUAUGGACAGAUGCUCUUGAGCCUUGUGGAGAGAUAACACUAAAUCCAUCUACCUCCAUGUAUGUGCUGCCAUUCAAAUUGCAGGACUCACAGAAGCGUAUCCUAUACAUUCACUUAAAAGUGAAGCCGCAGUUUGGAGGAGCGCUGAAGGUUGUCGUAUAUGCAGGAUAUUGGCUCAUCAACAAGACAGGGUUACCCUUGGUCUUCAAACAGGAGGGUGUAUCAGCUGAUGCUGCAGGGCAGGACAUGGAACAUGAAGUAGCUCGUUGUGCAGCCCCACUGAUGUUCUCUUUCACUGAUCGUGAUGCCAACCCUAUGCUUGUUGCUCGGGUGGGACGCAACUUACAUCCUGAGUCGAGAGCACAGUUUUGCCAUAAGCUCCCUCUGACACAAGGGACAUGGGUUCGCCGUCUCAGAGUCAGUCCUUCAGAUGCCCGGCCAGACCAUGUCUACAUUGUCGGUGUUGAUGUGAGACCAGGACGUGGACGAUAUAGAGACACGUACAUGGUCACAUUCUCACCUCGCUUCCAGAUUGAGAAUAGGUCCUCCCAUGAGCUGAUUAUUGCACAGAAAUGCUUUACGACAUCCUUUACCGACCCUGGAGCCCAAUCUACCUGGUUACGAGCCAUCCCAUGUUGCUGGCUCCCCUUCCACUGGCCACGACCUGACAAGGACCAGCUAUUGUGCAUAUGUCUUCGAGAUGUCCAAGGGUGUCAUUGGUCUGGUGGAUUCUUUAUAGAGAAGAUUGACUCUUUCUACCUGAAUAUUCGAGAUGGCAACAGUCACUCGUAUUUCAUCCGUGUAGAAGUCAUCAUCAAUGAUGCCACCUACUUCAUUGUCUUCACCGAUGCAGAAUCCUUGCCUCCUCCCUUUCGAAUCGACAACUUCUCUGAAGUGCCAAUCACCUACUACCAGACUGGCACUCAGGAGGAGAGGUUAAGAACUAUAGUCAAGCCACGCUCAUGUGUCGCUUAUGCCUGGGAUGAUGUAAUGUUGCCACCUCACCUCACGUGCGUUGCCCCGGGGGGAACCUCUGCCACGUAUAACUUGAACAUUCUCUGCGAGGGUGCAAGGUUAACAUAUGAGAACUUCAUCUACAUUGCUUUCACAGGGACCUUUCGCAAGGCUUGUGGCAGCAGUAGUGCCGAUGGCAGUGAUGUGACCUUAGACCCCACUGAUGUUGAGUGCCAGCAGCUGGUCCUGGAUGUGCCGGAGGGAACGCGGGUUAAGUUGGCUCGCAAGGAGGUCUCACGCACACAGCUGUGGCGCAUGACCUCCACAGGAAUGCUGCAGCAUGAGGGGUCAUCCCCUCCCCAUGACCCAUCAAGCAAGAAGUCACGCAGCAACUCUAACAUUCUGGUCUUAGACAUAGCAGGUCCAGCUCCACAACCUACAGAAUACACACCUCUCAUGCUUCGAAAACCCGAUGAGAGGAGAUCCCUUACACAGACAUGGAGGUUUACUGAAGAUGGCAGACUUUGCUGUGUGCAUGUCAAUAUGUAUGUGCAAGCCAAGGAUGGGUUCCUUGGAUUGGCUCCAGGGUCAGGAUGUGGGGGGUCAUGGCAGCUGUGGAAUGAUGUAGUUUUGGGUCCACCUCAAUUGGUCCACUACGGAACAAUGGAGAAUGGAGUACCUUUGGAACAAGCCAUAUCCAGGCAGCGUUUGCGGCCAGGGUCAGGGGUGCUGGCUGUGAAGGUUGACACAGAUGGGCCAACAAGAGUCCUGCAGAUUACAGAUGUUCACAGCAAGAACGCUUCCAUGGUGGCCCGAACGGAGAGCGGAGACUGGGUGAGUGUGAGUGAGGAGGGAGGAACAACCACCAUCAAGAAAACCAGCGCUGGAACGCAGCAGGUCAAAGAGGGGUCCACUCUUCAGGAAGUACAGAUCCAGCUCAACAUUCGAGGGGGUCUUGGACUGUCAGUCAUCCAGCGCAGCCCGCCAGAGGAACUUAUCUAUGCCAAGUUUACUGAUAUUGUUUUUGAAUACCAGAGCUCCAUACAACAUCACUCUGUACACUGUAGUGUUAGAGAUAUUCAGGUGGACAAUCAACUGUUGAAUGCUCAGUGUCCUGUGGUGCUGUAUGUGACUCCACAGAGCAAGAUGGAUGAGACACGUCACCUGCCUGCUCUCUACCUCACUGCCCAUCAUCUAGUAUCAUCAUGUAGUAAUGCUUACAUCUUCAAGAACCUAAUGGUGACCUUAAAGAACCUCACCCUUACAAUAGAAGAAGCGUUACUCUUCAAAUUGUUCCUUAUGGCUGGCUAUGAUCAGUCAGACUCAGAAUUGGAGAAGGUUGAGGAACACCAGUAUGACAUGCGAAGAAUGCUAGCUGCGGCCACCUCAGUCAAUGCAACAAGAUACUAUUUUAGCAAUCUAGAACUUCAGCUUAACCAAGUUAGGCUAAGUGUCCUAACAUCGAAAAAACUAAGCCCUGAUCUCCAGAAUAUUAAACGUAAAAUGGGUCUUACCCUUGUCCGCUUCGAGCACGCAAGUGUUAACCUAGAACCCUUCAGGCGAUGCCAUCCCUUUGAGACCUCACGAUUCUUGUUUGACUGCAUCACCAAGCAUUACAAGGAGGAGCUGAAAUCCCAAGCCAUGAGCAUUUUAGGAUCAACAGACUUCUUAGGUAAUCCGUUUGGUUUCUUUGCUGACGUGAGCGAGGGCGUAAGUGAGCUGGUUCACGAAGGCUCUGUUGGUGGUCUUGUGUGGAACGUGACGCAUGGCAUGGCCAAUUCUACUGCCAAGGUGACGGGGUCAUUGUCUGAUGCUGUCGGGCGUGUGACAAUGGAUGACAAGCAUGAAGAGCACCGUCAGAGGCUACGCAACAAGCAGACAGCCAGUGGGGCAGAGCACAUUGCUGCAGGAAUACGAGGGCUCGGCCUUGGCUUGUAUGGUGGCCUCACUAGUAUUGUGUCCCAGACAUAUACUGGUGUCACCCAGGAGGGCAUCCCAGGAUUUUUCUCUGGCUUUGCCAAAGGCAUGGUCGGCACUGUGACAAAGCCGGCCAUUGGGUUCUUAGAUCUUGCCAGCAGCACAUCUCUGGCUGUUCGUGAUACCAGCAAGAAUCCCUUGCAAAAGAUGCCGAUACGCACUCGCAGACCAAGGUUGGUGAUUGGGUUGAAUGGGAUGAUGCCAAGGUACUCUGCCAACCAAGCUAUCGGACAGGAACUGCUGCUCUCUUUUGACAACACUCGUCAAGAAAUAUUCUUUGGAUAUGAAGUGCUUCGUGAAGGUGAAGAGGAUUUGCGAGUCCUGAUAUCCAGUGAACAAGUGCGGGUGUUUAGCCAGAGUGAGCCUAUGCUGCCUCCAACCUCUGUUCUUAAUGUUUGUUAUAGGGAUUUGUAUCAGUGCAAGCCAGUGGUUCUCCAAGUUGAAGGAUCUUCAGUGGACCACAAACAUUACAUUGAAUUAACUCUCAAGGCAGAGAAGACUGAAGGAAUAGCAAGAGCUUCAGAAUUGGCCUACAAACGGCCAAAGGUGCGCUGUGAUUCAAGAAACAUUGCUUGGAAGGUUGCUCAACAAAUCAACUAUGCAAGGAACUUACAUGAAGAGUUAAGACAGACCCUGCAUAGCCAGGAUGAAGAUAGUGUUGAAGAUUAGUACUCACCUGAAGAUAGACCAAUUCCAGUUUUGUUUUAAUCUAGUCUUUUUUAUUCUUAUUGUUAAUUAAUGGUUACUUUGGCAUUCAAUACAGUUUCUUGUUGUGGCAAUUGUUACUAAAUGUGCAUUUAAUGUGUUUCUCUGUUUGUACAAAGACAAUGUAGAAUAAUUUAUUUUUUGUGAAGGUAUACUGUUGAAUAACCAAAUGAUAUUAUUACCUGCAUAUAUCGAGUCAAAGCUAA